GAUACUAAGGUUGCAGAAGAAACCUCUUGUUCUUUUGAUUUUUUUAAAAAGGAUUUUGGAUGUCAUAAUUAUGUUUAUAAGUAGCUUUUCAUCAAUGUUUCACAUGGAGCUGUUCUAGUUAAAAGUUUGGCUGCCAAGGAACCAUCUGCUCUUACCUUGGAUACUUAUUACAAGCAGUAUUAUCUCUGAUUGGCUGCUGCUGCUACUGCUGCUACUAUCAAAUGGUAAUCCAAUUCUGCAUGCAUAUGAGUUCUACCUAUUUUUCUAUUCAUGUUGUAACUUCCACUCAAGGGCGUAUCUGAUAUAGAGUGGAUGAUCCCAACCAACAAUGAAUGAGAUUAAUGCCUCCAAAAGAGGAAGAGUUGAUGAGUGUGUGCAUGUAGACAAUGAGUUGAGAAAUGUGUGGAGGGUUAGGCAUGCAAGACUCGGUACCGAGUCGGGUCGAGUUCGGGUUAGGUCGAUUUCAAAACCGGAUCGAGUCAGGGUCCAUUUCUCUACGGAUGAAAUGGUGAUGAUCACUGAUCUGGGAACAAUCAUCUCAUCUGAUUACAACCCAAAUGGGCUGCAUCAACAUACCUGCACCUGUCACAUUGCUUUUACCUUAACUGCAGAAGUGCUACCCCAGUUUUGUGGGGUUGGAUCCAAUUCCAGGCCUGAAGAACUGGUGGAAGAGAUCGCUCAGGUUGGGGGGGAUGGAUGAGGAGGAUUUGCAGCGGAUGUCAUAUCUAAAGGCAG